AUGGCCAAGGCGGCUAGAGAGAUCCAGAUGGAGAGCGCGGGCGAGCCAGAGGCGCCCAGCGCAGCGGCCGCCUGCUCCGCCGCAGAGCAAGGGGCAGAAAAGCCCUCGGUGCUCUGCUUCAAGAAGCGGAAGGCGUCCUGCAAGCGGGCACUGGAAGCGAGCGAAGGCGACCGCGGCGCAGACCCCGGGGAGGAGGCGAAAGGCGCCGGCCGCUCCCGGUCGGCCGGAGGGGCCUGGGCGGCUCUCAAAAGCCUGGCGCGGCCUCGGCACAGGGGGAGCAAAUCCCGGCGGAAGAAGGCGCCGGCGGCCGGCGUGGAGGAGGAGGCCGGGCCGCUGGGCUCGCCGGGGCCGCGGGGCGGCUCGGGGUGCACGAUGCCCUGCCUGCGGCGGCGCCCCAGGGGCGGCGAGACGCCGAGCGCCUCCGAAGUGGCGGAGGAGUCGGAUGGCAGCGCUCGUAGCGGCAACCUGCCCACGCCCGGCGGCGAGCCGGCAGCUUCAGCGCAGCCGGCCGGAGGCAGCGUGGCCGAACGCCCCCGGCAGCUCUCCAUGGGGAAGGAGGACAUGGAGGCGGCUGCGGAAAGUGCCGGCGCUGCUGGGAAGAGCGAGCCGCCAGCAGAGCCCGGGCCUGGCGAGUGCGUCGGGCAGCCAGGUGCCACCGACCCGGCGGCAGCCAGCAAAGCCACCCAGGAGGAACGGUCUGAGGGGAGCCCAUGCCAGAACGUGGCCGACCGAGACGAGGACGCGGAGGAGGCUGCUUCUGAAGCCGCCACACGGGAAACGGCCGCUGCCGCCAUGCAGGAAAUGGCUGCCGUUGGCACCACUCAUGAAAUGGCCACUGCCACUCAGGAAAUGGCGGCCACCAUGCGGGAAAUGGCGGCCACCGCUCAAGAAAUGGCCGCCACCACGCAGGAAAUGGCCGCCGUCGCCAUGCAGGAAACGGCCGCUGCCACCACCACACGGGAAAUGGCUGCCACGCAGGAGAUGGCUGCCACCCACGUGGCGCCGCCGGACGGGGCCGAUCCGGGAGUGGGCGCGGAGGAGGCAGCGGAGGCAGAACCGCCGGCACCAUGGGCAGCCGGCGCUGGCAUCGUCAUCACCGUCACGGCCGCCGCCGAGUCAGACGACGACGACAAGGACGACCUGGCGGCGGCCCACGAGGCCUCCCCGGCGCUGCGGCGCCGCGGGCAGGCGGGGGCCGAGGAGGAGCGCGGCGGGGGCCAGAGGCAGGGCGAGGGGCCCGGCGGCCGGGCGGCCGAGCAGCGCGAGCGGCUGCUGGUGGAGACGGCGUCCUCGCUGGUGAAGGCGGCCAUCCAGGCGUCCGUCGAGCAGCUGCUCAACGAGAUGGCGCUGGAGCAGCGCAAGCAGAACAGCUUCCUGUGA